AUGCCGCUCCCCAGCACCACUGCAGCCCCCGUCGCCCGGUUCGGCAUACUCGCGGCCAUGCCGGCGGAGAUCGCCGCCCUCCGCAAGGUGGUCACAGACCAGGUCGAGCACAAGCGCGGCGAGGUCUUUAGCUUCACGACAGGGAAGCUGGAGGGGUGCGAGGUUGUCUUUGGCGCCUCCAACGUCGGCAUGGUGUUCGCGGCGUCCGCCGCCACCACGAUGAUCUCCGAGUUCGGCGCCACUAAGCUCGUCUUCUCCGGCGUGGCGGGCGGGCUCCUCGCCGGCCAGUCGAUCGGCGACAUCGUACUCGGCGCCUCGGUGAUCAAUUACGACAUGGACUGCCGCGCGUUCAAGUACCCUUGGGACCCGAGCUACCAACUGCGGCUGGGCGAGACGCCCUUCGUCGAGUGGGCGCACGUCUACCCUGCAGACCCGGAGCUCCUCAAGGUAGCGCGCGGCGCGCCGCCGCCCGCCGGCGCGGCGCUGAGCGAAGGCCGCAUCGCGUCGGGGUCGAAGUUUUGCGACACCGCGAUGAAGGCCGAGAUGGCGGCGACCCACUGGUGCCACCUCGGCGAUCCCGCCUGCUGCGAGAUGGAGAACGCCGCCGUCGCGCAGGUCUGCCGAGCAUACUCUGUGCCGUACCUCUCUCUGCGCGCGCUGUCCGACCUCGCGACCGGCGACGCGGCGGCGGACUUCAACGCCUUUUGCGACGCCGCCGCGGACAACCUGCUGCCCAUCGUGCGGCACGUCGUGCGGUACUCUCCGAGCUCAUGAGCUGUGUCGGUUACAUCUAGGUAUACGUCGUUUUGGCGCGAGAGCCGAGAUAUCUGAGUCGAGCUCGCGACCCGGGCAUAUAUUCUCAAUCUCAUGUGUGGGGCCAGGCACGGCAACGCGCGCAGCGAGUGGCUGAAUUCGAGUAAAAAACGCAGCUCGCGCUC